AUGACCGACUCCAAGAGCGCCGUUAAGAUGGAUGAGCCCAGCCUGCUCGAGAAGUUCGCAAUGAUCUGCCAGUUCAUGGAAGCCUCUCAGGCCGUAAAGCAGGCUCAAGAUCGGCAUAAUGACCGUCUGCAACGCUCUAACAGGGGCCAAUUCAAACUGUUGGAGAGUAAGCUCGAGGACGCCGAGAAGCGGGUCGCCUCUCUUCAGCAGCAGCUCGAUUCGUCAACGGAGCGAGAGCGUGCUAUGGCGGAGGAAACGGCUUCGCAGCAGAUGACCAUCGUCAAGCUGCGGAUGGAUACCGAUGUCAAAUUCAAAGUAAUGACUUCCAUGGAACGCGAGCUUAUGGAACUACGAAAGGACUGUUUGGUAAAAGCCGAGAACAGUCAGGCAGAGAUCAAGUCGCUAUCCAGUCACAUCACCGCCAUGAGAAGUAACAACGACACGUUACGGGCGGAGCUUUGGCGCUGCCAUCGCGUCGAUAGACACUUAGCGGAAGAAAAUGCCGACCUCAAAGAGCAGCUCGCAUCGGAGACGGUACUGAACCGCCAUCUGCAGCAAGCGCUCCACAAGCAGACCACCGUGGCGUGCGACAAGCUGAAGCGGUCAAACACCAGCAGCGAUGCCGCGUCUGAUGACUCCGCCCACGACCUUACCGACCCACUGGAGGCAGCCCUAGCCUCCAACCGCUACCUGAAGAAACACUACGCGACCGCCCGCACGGAAAAAAAAGCCGCCGAAAAGCGCAUGGCCGACCUCGAAGCCCAAAUCGAAGAAAAGGACGCCAAGCUCCGAGCACUAGACGACAAGCUGCUCGUCGAGGAGAUGGAGUGCAGCACACUCAUGGCACGCGUGCAGGAGCUUGAGCCGCUCACCAAGAUCAACGAUAGCCUUCGAAAGGAGAAGGCCGAGCUAUACCGGCUGGCAAGAGGCUCCCUGCCACCCAGCGAGAAGUACGACGUGCUCAUUGGCUGCAAGGAUCGCGAGAUUAUACGCCUUUGGAGAUUGGCUGAGAAGUACCGUGCUGAUGCUGAACGUGUUCCGCAACUUGAAAAGAGCAAGGAAUUUCUUGUCGGUGAGCUUGAGCGGUAUAAAGCGAAAUAUUAUGACCAGGCGACAGACUAUGAGGACGCCAGACGCUUGAUCGCCAGGUUGAAAGGCGAAGUUGAGGAACUGGGUGAGGCGGACGGGAGCGCGUAUCAGGGGGCUGUGGGGAUGGCCAUUGAUAGGGAACAUACUAGGAGACAUGGGAAGGCGCAGCGCACUGUCCGGUUCGAUCUUUAG